AUGAGCUCCCUGACGCCCUUCCGACACCGACGGAAUAAGAAAACGGCGGAGCUCACCCAGGACUUCCUUGAAAGUCUUUUUGUCCUCCGGCAGCAGGAUGCUGCUCAGAUGCUGGGCUUUUCCAUCACCACAAUGAAGCACCUGUGCCGACGACUAGGCAUCCGCAAGUGGCCGUACUCGCGCGGGCGACCAAGGGAGCUCGAAGCGGAGGGUACGAAGUCCGUGCUGAUCAGCCCGCGUGAGACCCGUGUCAUCCCCCAGCAACCGCAACAAACAGUUGGCGAAGACUGCGCGCUCGGGGAUCAGGGCGAAGAGGAAGGAUUCUUUCAGCAGGUCGAGCAGGAGGGCGAGCGGUAUUGGAUAAGCAGGACUAGCGAUGACAUGGAAGGUCUCUUUCGAGAGGCGCUUGACCACGUACAAGGCAAGAGUAAGGGGGACAGGCGGAGUUGA